AUGGACAGUACAUUUUUCUUGCAUGCAGCCCUAAUUGCAAUCAUGGCAACACUUACACAUGGAGAGUUCUCCCCUAACCUAACAAUAUCCAGUUGUAAAAACCGGCGCGCUGUUAUACACGUCGAGAAUGCCGCGCCAGGCGGACUACUUUUUAUCCAGGGCGGAGGGUCAGACUGUUUACGCACUACUGAGUUGCAGUUGACAGAGCACACUUUCAUGUUUGAGCAGUGCAACAUAGAAUAUGACACGAAGUUCCGCGUAGUGGUACAACAGAACCCGCGGUACCAGACCGGAAAUGACAAAGUGAUUCCUAUCAUGUGCCUUGUUGACACCAGCGACCUCCACGUGAGCAACAUCAUCUAUCCUGCUGAAUCGAAUGACAAAUCCAUGAACAAAACGGUCAGACCGACGGUGAGCAUGCGCAUCGUUGCUUCUGAUGAUGUCAUUUCCGGCGAACCAAUCAGCGAGGUUUCCAUAGACGAUGAACUCAAGCUCUUACUGUCACUGGAUGAGCCAUAUUUACAUGAUUUCGACAUAAAGGCCAAAGACUGCAUCGCAUCAAAGCUUCCGCUAGUUAAAAAUGAGUGUUCCUCAGACCAGGAUCUGUUCCCUAACUUCUCUAAAGGGCAGCGUGGCAGCCUGACCUCCGCCUUCCACGCAUUCACGCCCACGAACCUGCUCGGCGCGGCGGAAGUGGAUGUCGCCUUCACAUGUAACGUCACUGUGUGCAAGGGCAAGUGUAUCCAGAAAGUGUGCGGUGAAAUUGUCGGAUGGGGACGAAAGCGUCGCCAGAACGAAGAGACUGAUAACGAAUACGAGAAGGUCACGGUCGCUGCUAAAAUUAGAGUCAAAGCACGUGAUCCGGAUAUGCAAGCCCACGGUUUCCGUGGGGAACAAGAGUACCUUUGCGGGUCCAAACUUCUGGUCAGCGCGGUGCUGGGGGUGGCUGUUGUCUCUCUUAUUUUCUCCUGGCUGGUGUGCGGAUGCGUCACCGCUAAGCUGCGUCGUGUUACCAAGAUGACGUCAUACGGAAAGAAUCCAAAAUCAUGCGGAAUGCGGAAGAUGUCGGAAACCGGCAUGAACAUUGCGCGAUCGAUGGGACGACGUCUGUCCACCAUGCUCAACAUUCCGGUCGGCUACGACAUGAAAGAGCCUAACAUGAUGGACAACAUUCCAGAAGCCGUCGAUGAUACGCCGCCGACGAAACGCCGUGAUUCCGUCACUGUCACACGAGUCAUUUAUGUUGACCAAUGA